AUGGAGUUGCAGAAGUGUCCAUUAAACUUUAGGAUCCAGAACAGGCACUGCAGGAAACUUGCUCAUCAAGCAAGGAACAAGCUCUUGGACUUAUGUAUUGCAAUGCAGAAGGGGAUUGUCCUAUUGAGUAAAUGGAAGAUCAAGAAGUUUGAAUUCGACACUGGACCAGAGUUACAACAAAACCAAAGGCAAGGUCUUAGCGAUUACGUUUUGUAUCUUCAAGGUGAGGAUGCAUUGGUUCAUUUCAUGAUGAAUACAAAUUGCGAUGCUACUAAUCAUUGGAUUCAUAAAGGAAAGAAAGAAGAGCCCAAAUAUCUUAUCAAGCUCUUGGAGAACUCAACAGCCUCACAAGUAUUCAAAGGAGUGGCAGAGUUUGACAGUGACCAAGUUCCCUCUCUAGACUGUGAAGAGCCUCCAAAUUGUUGGGCUCUUCCUGUUGUGACACUAACAAGUAUUGCUGUUGCACUUCCAAACAUCAGCAGUGGUUCAAUGAAAAAUCUGAUACACGGCGUAAACAAGGGGCUCACGUACAUGAAUCUCAUUGAGAAGCAGCUGGAUAGCAAAAGAGAUCUUGCCAACAUCAUAAAGGCAGCAGAUAUUGUGUGGCUAAAAGCUGAUCUAUAUCACACAUGGCUAGAUGUAGAUCUUGGGAAAGUGUCACUUCAGGGAAAGAGCCCAAAGGAAACACUUGAAGGACUUUCAGAAAUAGCAAAAUCCAUAUUUGAAUAA